AUGACAUCGGUGAAAUCAAGUUCGGCCAACCGUUUUUUUCCGGAUAAUUUUAUCAAGCUUCCGCAUUUCCGAUACGAACAUUUAUUAGGAGGGAUAUCUGGUGGUGUGACAUCGACACUCAUUUUACAUCCUUUAGAUCUAAUUAAAAUCAGAUUUGCAGUUAACGAUGGGAGAUCAGCACAUACUCCGCAGUACCUCAACGUUAGAAGUGCAUUCAAAUUAAUAGUUAAAGAAGAAGGGGUUAGAGGAUUGUACAAAGGUGUCAUUGCAAAUGUUUGGGGAUCUGGCAGCUCGUGGGGCCUUUAUUUUCUUUACUACAAUUCUUUGAAAAUUUGGUUACAAGAUGGCGAUUCACAACAACCUCUCGGUUCAUUAUUGCACAUGUUUGCCGCUGCACAAGCUGGUCUUUUUACAUUAGUCAUGACUAAUCCGAUAUGGGUUGUUAAGACGAGGUUAUGUUUACAAAGAAAUGUGACUGAUACGAAAAGUUCUCACACUUACAAUGGCAUGAUUGAUGGUUUAAUUAAAAUAUAUAAAAAUGAAGGAAUGAGAGGAUUAUAUAAGGGUUUUGUUCCUGGGCUUUUUGGAGUAUCGCACGGUUCCAUACAAUUCAUGGUUUAUGAAGAAAUGAAAAAUAGUUACAAUAAACGUCUCAAUAGGCCGAUAAAUGAAAAAUUGACGACACCGUAUUAUUUAACAUUUGCAGCCGUGUCGAAAUUAAUCGCGGCUGCCGUGACGUAUCCGUAUCAAGUUGUAAGAGCGAGACUGCAGGAUCAGAAUCACUCGUACAAGGGAACGUUGGAUUGCGUGAAAAAGAUAUUCAGGUACGAAGGCUUUUCUGGGUUUUAUAAGGGAAUGAUACCUUACGCCCUUCAUGUCACACCUAACGUAUGCGUUAUUUUAUUGAUUUACGAAAAAGUGAGCGAGCGGAUAUUUGGAUUUUAUAAGGGCUUAAGUCCAAAUUUAUCUCGGGUUUUACCUUCAACAAUGAUUACAUUUGUGGUCUAUGAAAAUGUUUCACAUUUCCUAUUGGGAUAUAAAAAAUGA